AUGGUGCCAGACCGCGGGGUUGGAGCGGAGCGCCUGCGGUCGGAGACGGCCGGCUCUGUGGCGCCGCUGCCUGGCAUAGCGGCCCCGAACCAUGCAGAGGACUGGCCACGCAGCUACGUGCUCCCAGCGUCCGACGUGAACGUGUUCGUGCAGGGCGGGGUGGGAACCGUCAUCCAGAGGCUGCAGCAGAGCAAGAUCGGUGGCCUCGAGAAGCCGAGGCACAGGGAGACGGUGCAGAACCUCAGGAUGUCGCAGUACACCUUCUUGUGCAACAGCCUCGACGCCGAGAAGGUGCCAGACAUCCAGUUCGACAUCAUAUCUUGGUCAGCACCGACAGAGACUUUCAGUGCUUAA